AUGGCCGUAUCACUUCUUGCGCCAUUCCAUAUUAUCAGUUAUGGCACGCUGCUUGGUGCCCAGGCCUAUCAGACUUUCGUUGGUGGUAUCAUCGCAUUCAGAACCCUGCCGCGCCCUCAGUUCUCUACCCUCCAAGAGUCGAUAUUUCCCGUUUACUUCUCCUUACAAACUGCACUGCCGUUGGUCAUGGCUAUUACAUACCCAGGAGAAAGUACAUUUAUGGAACGGGGUCCAUCAAGCCUAUUCGGACUACUAGCUGAGAGCCCACGUAUCACGACUUUGCUUCCAAUCGUUACCAUGUUCCUGACUGGCUUGACAAAUUUGUUGGUCGUAGGGCCGAUGACCGUUAAGGUCAUGAAGCAAAGAAAGCAUCAGGAGACGAUUGAUGGGAAAAAAAGCUACGACCCACAUCCCCAUUCCAAGGAGAUGAUUCGCCUAAAUAAAUCCUUUUCUCGGUUUCACGGGAUCUCUUCCAUGGUUAACCUUCUAGGACUCAUCUCUACAGUAUGGUAUGGUUUCGUUCUUGCAUAUCGCCUUGACUAA